AUGGCUAACACAUCCAUCAAAUUGAACGACGGGAACGCGAUUCCCUGGCUUGGAUAUGGCACGGGUACCGCAUUAUACCAGAAAGACAAAGAGUGCGAGCGGAUGGUGACGGCUGCUAUCAAGGCCGGCUUCACGCAUCUCGACGGAGCUCAGAUGUACGGCAACGAAGCCUCCCUCGGUUUAGGCAUCCUCUCUUCCGGCGUCGAUCGCUCCACGCUCUACAUAACCACCAAAUUCCACCAACUUGCUCCCGGGGAAACCGUCCGGGACAGCUUAAAGGCGUCAUUGACAAGGUUACAAGUGGAAUACGUCGAUCUGUUUUUGAUGCAUACGCCGAUGGGAUGGGGUGAGCCUGCCGGCGAGGGUAGUAGUAAGUUGAGGGAAGUGUGGAGGGAGUGCGAGGAUGUGAAGAGGGAGGGGUUGGCUAGGAGUGUGGGGGUUAGUAAUUUUAGGGAGAGGGAGUUGGAGGAGGUCAUGGAGGGCGCGAGGAUCGUUCCGGCUGUUAAUCAGAUCGAGUAUCAUCCCCAUGUCCACGACACCAUGGCCUCUCUUCUCGCGUUCCAUGACAAACACGGUAUCGUGACCGCUUCAUUCGCCGGUCUGUCACCUCUUUUCAGAUCCAGGAGUGCGACUCUGGACACCGUGCUCUCCAGUGUGGCGCAGAGAUUGUCCGAAACGGCAGGCAUGCCGGUUUCUGAGGGUGCGGUGUUGAUGGCGGGGCAGAGGGCGAAAGGUGUUGUGUUCGUCACGACGACGAAGCAGGAAGAGAGGUUGAAAGGAUACCUCGCUGCGGCGGAAGCACCAGACCUUACGCCCGAAGAAGUAGAAGCGAUUGACGAAGCGGGCGCGAAGGAACAUCAUAGGCAUUUCAUGACCUAUUGGCCGGGCAAGGAGGAAGAGUAG